GGACCGUGAUGUCACUGUUUUCAAUGCAGAACUGAGAAAGAUGGCGGACAAGCAACAAGAAGGAGGAGGUGAUACGGAGAGACCAAAAGAAGAUGCAGAAAAUUCUGUGAAAACUAAGACUGUUUCUUCCAGCAAUGGAGGGGAAAGUUCAAGUCGCAUCGGAGAGAAAAGAUCAGCAGAUGAAGAACCUAUCAUAAAGCCGUGUCCUUCAAAAGUCUCCAAGAUUGGAUUCUCCUUAGGAGGUCAAAGUGCUAAAAAAGCACCUUCUAUAUCAAUUAAGCUUGGAGCCAGUAAACCCAAAGAUGCUGCUCCAGCCACAAAAAAAAGUUCAGUGGCAUCAGUAUUUAAUGAAGAUGACAGCGAGCCAGAAGAAAUGCCGCCAGAAGCAAAAAUGCGCAUGAAAAAUAUUGGAAGGGAUACACCAACCUCUGCUGGACCAAACUCAUUCAACAAAGGAAAACAAGGAUUUUCAGACAGCCAGAAGCUAUGGGAGCGAAAUCUGAAAUCUCAAUUGGAACGCAUCCACGAUGACUGAGUGGUUUGGGCAGUGGGUCUAUGGGGACACUAUUCUGAAGAAUUUCGCUUUUUUAUUGAUGGAUAAUGUGUGCGAUUAAAGUUUGGUUGUUUUUUGUUUGUCUUGUGGUUUUUUUUUGUUUUGUUUUUUAAGUUAUGUCACAAAUAAAUCUGGUGAGACUUAAACAA